UAUAUAUAUAUCAAAUCUCUCUUGUACGUACACAACAUAAUGGUAAAUAUUUAUGAAGAAGUUCAAGAGCCGGUGAGUCCUCAUGGACAAUACUUCAACAGCUCUGUGUUAUGUUCAUAUGUUUUUGGCUUUCUGGAAUUAGCUAUUCCAUUUGAUGUCUCUCUGGCUAUACCUUUGCUCAAAGAUGUCUUCAUCCCUAUCAAUCCACGCUUCUCCUCUACUAUGGUAAGAGACAAAGAUGGUAUGAUGAGAUGGAAAAAGGUUGAAGUGAAGCCUGAAGAGCACAUAAAGAUUCCAAAAUUUCCUGAAACCACAAAUUCAUCAUCAUGUGAAUUAUUAUAUGACAAUUAUUUUAGUGACUAUGUAACAAGUAUUCUACAUGAAAAAACACCACAAGACAAACCACUAUGGGAAAUUCAUUUGAUCAAGUAUCCAACAAGAAAUGCUGCUUCCACCAUAAUAUUCAAACUUCAUCAUGCACUUGGUGAUGGUUACUCUCUCAUGAGUGCUCUUCUUUCUUGUCUAGAAAGAGCUGAUGAUCCAUAUCUUCCUCUGUCUUUUCCUUCAAGACCACCACAAUUGGAUUCAAAAUAUGGACAAAAUAACUUAUUUAAGAAGCUAUGUUUAGAUAUCUCCUCUUUUUUUAGUUCCAUAUCAGAUUUUGGAUCAAGCAUAAUCAAGACAAGAAUGAUUGAAGAUGACAUAACACCUAUAAGGUUUGGAUAUGAAGGAAUUGAAUCUCUUCAUGUUAUCUUGUCAACCAUAUCAUUAUCUCUUGAUCAAAUCAAAGAAAUCAAAUCAAAACUUGGAGUGACUGUAAACGACGUGGUUUGUGGGAUAAUCUUCUAUGGGAUUAGACUGUACAUGGAAGAGAUGAAUGAGAAGACAAAAACAUCAAAUUCCACAGCAGUGGUAAUGCUGAAUACAAGAAAUAUUGGAGGUUACCAAUCAUUGAAGGAAAUGCAAAAACCAGAGUCUAAAAGUCUUUGGGGGAAUCGAGUUUCUUUCCUACAAAUACCAAUACCUAAGUUAAGUAAAUCAGACCCUCUUGAGUUUAUUUGGGAAUCCCAUAAAGAAAUCCAAAGAAAGAGACAUUCUUUCGGUGUUCAUCUCAUAGGUUUGCUCAUGGACUUAGAGAUGAAAUUAAGAGGACCAGAGGCGGUAGCUAAAAUAAUAUAUAACACAAUUAGGAACACAAGUGUUUUUUUCUCAAACUUGGUAGGGCCAAUAGAGAAGAUGGCAUUGGCAAAUCAUCCGGUAAAUGGAUUGUAUUUCACCGCGGCAGGUGGACCUGAGGGUUUAACUGUUACAGUUAUUAGCUAUUUGAAGACAUUAAGAAUGACUUUGAAAACCCAAAAGGGAUUCAUAAAUGAACAUAAGCUGAAAUCCUGCAUGAAAAAAUCGGUUGAACUCAUAUUCGAAGCAGCUAUGGAAAUUUCCUGACACCCAACAAAAAUUAAUUGGGGCAUACAAAGGACGGGUUCAAGAAUUAAGAUUAUAUAUUAUCUACUAUAUGGAGUAUUUAUAUAAGUGCAACAAUAUUAUUGCAUAAGUGAUGUGGUUAACAUUAUUAUUAUUAUUAUUAUUAUUGAUUAUUGAU